GCCACCGACCAGCAGGGAAAUAAGGAGAGAAAAGGAACGGGGCGACGGACGCGAGCAAAUCAGAAGCGCGGCGCUCCCGCUGCAAUGGGUUGGCUGGAGGAAGCCAACUGGCAGCUGCACAUUUCCUUGCUAAUGCUGCUCUCCGUGCACACCAGAGCCAAUUUUCUAGACAACAUGCCCUUGCGAAGUUCUGGCAAGUUGAGCAUGGAGAACAGAAAAGACGACAGCGAGAGCACAGCACCUGCCCCUCCACAGAAGAAACUGUCCUGCCAGUGCCACCACCAUUGCCCUGAAGACUCAGUCAACAGCACCUGCAGCACUGAUGGCUACUGCUUCACCAUAAUAGAAGAAGAUGAAUCUGGUGGACAUUUAGUCACCAAGGGAUGUCUAGGAUUAGAGGGCUCAGACUUUCAGUGUCGGGACACUCCCAUUCCACACCAAAGAAGAUCUAUUGAAUGUUGCACGGGUCAAGAUUACUGUAACAAACAUCUUCAUCCUACGCUGCCGCCUCUGAAAAAUCGAGACUUUGCGGAAGGAAACAUUCACCAUAAGGCCUUGCUGAUCUCCGUGACCGUUUGCAGUAUCCUUCUGGUGCUUAUCAUCAUAUUCUGCUACUUCAGGUACAAACGGCAGGAGACACGGCCACGAUACAGCAUCGGGCUGGAGCAGGACGAGACCUAUAUCCCGCCAGGGGAGUCCCUGAAGGAUUUGAUCGAGCAGUCUCAGAGCUCCGGCAGCGGCUCCGGGCUCCCUCUCCUGGUUCAAAGGACCAUAGCAAAACAGAUUCAGAUGGUAAAGCAGAUUGGAAAAGGCCGCUAUGGAGAGGUUUGGAUGGGAAAGUGGCGUGGAGAAAAGGUAGCUGUAAAAGUGUUUUUCACCACGGAGGAGGCCAGCUGGUUCAGAGAAACAGAAAUCUACCAAACUGUCCUGAUGAGGCAUGAAAAUAUUCUCGGAUUCAUUGCUGCAGACAUUAAAGGUACAGGAUCUUGGACCCAGCUGUAUCUCAUCACCGACUAUCAUGAGAAUGGCUCACUCUAUGAUUAUCUGAAAUCCACUACCUUGGACACGAAAGCCAUGCUAAAGCUGGCCUACUCCUCGGUGAGCGGCUUGUGCCACCUGCACACGGAGAUCUUCAGCACUCAAGGCAAACCGGCUAUUGCCCACCGGGACCUAAAAAGUAAGAAUAUUCUGGUGAAAAAGAACGGAACCUGCUGUAUAGCAGAUUUGGGCUUGGCUGUUAAAUUUAUUAGCGAUACGAACGAGGUAGACAUUCCUCCAAAUACGCGUGUGGGAACAAAACGCUAUAUGCCUCCCGAGGUGCUGGAUGAAAGCUUGAAUAGGAAUCACUUUCAGUCGUACAUCAUGGCUGAUAUGUACAGUUUUGGGCUCAUUCUUUGGGAGAUAGCAAGGAGAUGUGUGUCUGGAGGAAUAGUCGAAGAAUACCAGCUGCCCUACCAUGACCUGGUGCCCAGCGACCCCUCGUACGAGGACAUGCGGGAGAUCGUGUGCAUCAAGAGGCUACGCCCGUCAUUUCCCAACAGAUGGAGCAGCGAUGAGUGCCUCCGCCAGAUGGGGAAGCUGAUGAUGGAGUGCUGGGCUCACAACCCCGCGUCCCGCCUCACAGCCCUGCGGGUCAAGAAGACGCUUGCCAAAAUGUCAGAGUCACAGGACAUUAAACUCUGAUCCAGCAACAGGCAGCUCUUGCGAAAGCCCACCAAAACGGACUUUCUCUUGCAGUCAAGACGUCAUGGAGAGGCAUCAAAAGCCUUCCCUAAGAAGCACCUCGAAUGCAGUCGUGUCUGACAGCUUUUGAGGAGAGUAUCCUUUGCAAAAUCAGCCAAAUGUUGACAUCCAAGUUUGGAGGAGGCUCGUCUGCCCUUGUUUACAUGGGGAAUACAGUUUUAGUAACUGGUUUAAGGUUAUACGUGUUGCUUUCCAUGAAAGCCACUUAUUAUUUUAUUAUUAUUAUUGUUAUUAUUAUUAUUUUGAUUGUUUAAAAAGAUACUGCUUUAAAUUUUAUGGAAAUAAAACUUUUGGUUAGAAGUAAAAAAGAUGUAUAUUGUUACA